AUGUCGGUAACGACAACAACAACAUCAUUAAACUCACCCAUGGCCGCCGGACAAACACUUGUCAUCAUUCUCAGUUUUGUGGUGCUAAUUGAAAUGAUUCUCGGCGAGAAUAAGAUCAUGGGUAUGAUAACCGAUCUAAAUACUAUACAAAAAUAUAUUAUUUCCAUUAGGCGUAACAAUAAUAAACAACACAUGUCAACAAUGUUGUCGCCAUUGACGAGACUAAAUUUUGUCUACAUUUCAUUGCUUUGUGCCUUGAUUUUAAGUCCACAUUUAACAGAGGCAGCAAGAAGAUCAAGACUAGACCUUACAUCGACUAGCAGCACAAAUAAUGCCGCGUCCGAAACGAAGGCAGCAACAUUAGAAUCUGAGGCAUUACCUUUAAAAAGUGAUGAUCAAUCAUUGGGCGCUGAGUUAUCGAAAGCGGAUACAAAAACUGAUACACAAUUGUCAACGAAUGAUGACAAUGAAGAUGGUGGUUUGAUUGAAGCAAAUAAUGACGAGGAGGAUAACAAUUCAAAAACUGCUGCCGCCUCUUUGCCUGAGCAAACUAUUUUGAAUGAUGAUGCUGAUGAAAAGAAUCAAGGAGAAGAUUUGCCAAAAGAAUUGAAAGAAAUCCCCACCGCAAGUUUUGAAGAUGCCGAGACAAUUGAAAGUGCAACACAAUUUGGUUCAUCAUAUGGUUCGGGUCCUGCUGCUGCUGCAGCCGUUGGUAAUGUCAAUGGUUUCGAGGAAUGUGAUUCGGAAAUGUUGGGCUUUGAAAUUGUGACUGGUUAUGUCUUUUCGGCACCUGGCAAACUACUGGACUCAUUGCCCGGCACAUUAAUGUUAACAGAUUGUUUGGAAGCCUGUCAAGGAAAUGAAACAUGUCAUGCCGUUAAUUACGAAACAGGUCUAUGUGUACUAUUUUCAGCUAAUGCCGAUCAAUUGCCAGGUGCCCUAACCAAAUCCCAGUUCCCCGUCUUUACCAUUUAUGCACAAAAAUCAUGUCUGGGUGUACGACCAUGUGCACGUGCCUGGUGUGUCGAUCGUGUACAAAACUAUAAACUGAAUGGCCAUGCCAAACGUUCGGUGUCAGUGACAUCGAGACGUGAUUGUUUCGAAUUAUGUUUGGGUGAAGCUGAAUUUACAUGCCGAUCGGCCAAUUAUUAUCGUGCCACAAAUAUUUGCGAAUUAUCGGAAAUGGAUCGUAUUACGCUGGCUGGUACAAGUGCAUUCCAAAGUCAAGAUGGCAUCGAUUAUCUGGAGAACAAUUGCGCCGAAGAACCAAAUAAAUUAUGCGAAUUCAAACGUUUAUCGGGCAGAAUAUUGAAAACUGUCGAUUCGGUAUAUCAGGAUGUUGGCAGCAUUGAUGAGUGCCGUGAUUUGUGUAUAAAUUCACCAUACAGAUGUCAUUCGUAUGAUUUCGGUGAUACCGGUGAUAUGGUCUGCCGUCUAUCUCAUCACAGCCGUGCCACACUCUCCGAUGUACAAGAUCCCUAUUUGGAAGUACCCGAAGCCGCCACCUACGAAUUAUCCUCUUGCUACAAUGUAACAAUCGAAUGUGGUGCUGGUGAUAUGGUUGCUCGCAUUCGUACCUCCAAAUUGUUCGAUGGCAAGGUGUACGCCAAGGGUUCCCCUAAAUCCUGCUCCGUGGAUGUUAAAAACUCACUGGAAUUUGAAUUGAAAAUGGGCUAUCAAGAUUUGGAAUGUAAUGUACGUCAACAGGGCUCGGGCAGAUAUAUGAAUGAUGUUGUUAUUCAACAUCAUGACACCAUUGUUACAUCAUCAGAUUUGGGGUUGGCUGUCACAUGUCAAUAUGAUUUGACCAAUAAGUCCGUGUCGAAUGAAGUUGAUUUGGGUGUUAAGGGUGAUAUUGAACCUGCUCUGUCCGAAGAAGUUAUUGUUGAUUCACCUAAUGUUAUUAUGAAAAUUACUGCCCGUGAUGGUUCUGAUGUUAUGCGUUCCGCUGAAGUUGGUGAUCCUUUGGCAUUGAAAUUCGAAAUUUUGGAUGAAUCAAGUCCCUAUGAAAUCUUUGUUCGUGAAUUGGUUGCCAUGGAUGGUGGUGAUAAUGCUGAAAUUACAUUGAUCGAUUCGAAUGGAUGCCCCACCGAUCAUUUCAUUAUGGGACCCAUCUAUAAGAGUAGUUUAUCGGGCAAGAUUUUGUUGUCGCACUUUGAUGCUUUCAAAUUCCCCUCAUCGGAAGUGGUGCAGUUCCGUGCUUUGGUUACACCUUGCAUGCCAACAUGUGAACCGGUUCAAUGUGACCAGGAAGAUAUUAGUGGUGAAUUUAAAUCUCUGUUGUCCUAUGGCCGUAGACGUCGUUCCGUUAAUGUUACAGCUUCCUUUGGUGGUAAUCAUCUUAGACAACGUCGUGAAACUACCAAGAAACCUAGUCAAGAGGAUUUGCUUUUGGUCCAAUCAAUUCAGAUCACUGACAAAUUUGGCUUCGAUAAACAACAACAAUCGAAAUCUAACAGCAACCACUUGGGCUACGAUGCCAAUGAGACUGUCUUCAUUUCCAGCGAGGCAGCAUCUCAAGGAUUCUGUGUUAAUGCCAUUGGACUUAUUGUGGCUGCCACCGUUUUCUUGUUGGCCCAAUUGGCCGUCAUAGCUAUUUGGACCUAUUUGUAUCAGAGACGUCGGAAAUUGCAACCCUAUAGCAGUGAAGGUAUGAGCAAUGCCUCCAGUUAUGGAUCACAUAGUGCUGGAUCGAGUGCCUCCACCAUUGUGGGUAAUAUACCCAAUGCGAGAUCUGAAUCAUUGUGUAAAUUAUAUGAAGGUGGCUUCGGGCCAAGGCAUGGACGUCAAUUUUGAGGCAAAU